AUGAAAGAAAAAAAAAAUCACAGUUCUGGCUUCCAGUCCAGCUUAGCAGCUCCUCGACUCCCUGGAACAUUCACGGUGACCGGGAGAAAUAAAGCAGAUUGGAACCUGAUCAUUCCGAAACCCCUUCCAGUGCCCAGAAUGCAGUCAGCAGACCCAGCUUUGCUUUUCUCUUUUGGUCCUCCUCGGCUUCCAUAGCAGACCCACUGUUUCAGACCCCGGAACUGGCCGAGUGUCUUGGGUUUCUGCGCAGCUGUCCCCCGGUCGCCGUGGAAACCGAUCAGCCAAUCGGAGCGUGUGGCCCUACCGGCUGACGCGGCGGGAUCCAGCGUGCUGUGUCUGUGGGCUUCCGCGGGAUCUCGGUAACGGAUAGCGAUGCUAAAGGCUAAGAUUCUCUUCGUGGGGCCCUGCGAGAGUGGCAAGACAGUGUUGGCCAACUUUCUGACUGAAUCUUCAGACAUCACUGAAUACAACCCAACCCAAGGUGUGAGGAUCCUAGAGUUUGAGAACCCACAUGUCACCAGCAACAACAAAGGCACGGGCUGUGAAUUUGAGCUCUGGGACUGCGGUGGCGACUCCAAGUUUGAGUCCUGCUGGCCAGCCCUGAUGAAGGAUGCCCAUGGAGUGGUGAUUGUCUUCAAUGCUGAUAUCCCAAGCCACCUAAAGGAAAUCGAAAUGUGGUAUUCCUGCUUUGUCCAGCAGCAGUUCCUCCAAGACAGUCACUGCAUGCUCGUGGCCCACCACAAACCAGGCUCUGGAGGUGACAAGGGCAGCCUGGCUCUGUCUCCCCCCUUGAACAAGCUGAAGCUGGUGCACUCGAACCUGGAGGAAGACCCCGAGGAGGUCCGGGAGGAAUUCAUCAAGUAUUUAAAAAGCAUCAUCAACUCCAUGUCGGAGAGCAGAGACCGCGAGGAGAUGCUCAUCAUCACCUAGUGUGCCUGUGCCGCCACCCCUGAGACGAUGCUGACUUCCCCAGGCAGAGCUGAAACCCCACCCAGCUGCUGACACGCCCUUCUCCCUGUGGCUAUAGACGCGUUCCUUAUCUGCUAGAAGGUGCCAGUAAGAGUCAGGCAUGGUGGCACAGGCCUGUGAUCCCAGCUCUUGGGAGGCUGAGGUAAGGGUUGAGAAUUCAAGGCCAGCCUGGGCUACAGAUGAAGCCCCUAUCGCAGCCCCUCUCCAGAAGCAAGAAGCUACCCCGCCCUCUCUCUCUCGGCUGUCACACCAUAAACACAUCCUUCCAGCAACCUUCUUGGUGCUGUUUUCAGAUUGAGCUGUUUGUUGGUGGUUAAGGAAUGAAAUGGCCGGAGUGGAGAGAUGUGAUCUCUGAUGUCCUUGAGAGCAGAAAGGAUGUGGUGUUUCUUACAGAGAACCCAGCUAGAGCUGCUGCUUCUGGACUUGACAGCAGUGCUGUGCGCUAUAAAGGAAUCAACAGCAGGGACCAGUGAGAUGGCUCAGUGGAUGAAUGCACUUGCCGCCAAGCCUUACAACCUGAGUUCAAUCCCCAGAUCCCACUUAAAGGUGGAAGGAGAGCUCUGCCCCAUUCAAACCCCCCCCCCCCACACACACACACCAAAACCACACUAUAUAGAACCUUAAAAAGGAAUGAGUUGGAAAGAUGGGUCAGUGGUUAGGAGCACUCGUUGCUUGUGCUGAGGACCUGAGUUUGGAUCCCACAUUGGGCAGCUAUGCCAGUAACUCUAGCUCCAGGAGAUCCAGCCUUUUUCUUGUCCCCAGGGGUACACACACACUCACACACAGCAUACGCUCUCUCACACACUCACACAGACUGUGUUAGCUACUUUUCCACUGCUGUGAUAACACACCAUGACCAAGGCAAUUCUAAGAAGAGUUUAUGUGGGCUUCAGGUUCCAGAGAGAUGAUAGUCCAUCAAGACAGGGAAGCGUGGCACCAGGGACAGGAAACGGAGGCUCAUAUUGAACUGUAGACAUACAUCAGAGAGAGCAGACAGUGAGUGGCCCCCAAACCCACCUCUAGAGCCGUAGUUCCUCAAGCAAGGCCGCACCCCCUAGAACUCCCAAACGGUGCCACCAACUAGGAGGCAAGUAUUCAAAUGCCCAAGGCUAUGAGGGACAUCUCUUUUAAAAUGCCACACAAACACAAAUAUAAGUCUUUGUUUUUUUAAGGGAGGGGCUCAGCAAAGGACUGGGCCAGUUAUGUGGCUCCACAGUAGAGAAUGUGCUUGAGACCCCAGUGAGGGACUUGGAGUGCGGGUUAGAAAUAGAUCACUAGUUUAGCAUGUAGGAGACUUUCAGCUCCAUUUCUAGAACUGAAAAGAAAAAAAUCAACAAUACAAAGUGUCUUUUAAAGAAAUACAAGGGUUAGGGAGAUGGCUCAGUUGGUAGAGCACUUGACUUGCAAGCAUGAGGACCCAAGUUCAAUCCCCAAACCAGUGUAAAGAUGCUGGGCUUUGUGGACAUGUACUGGGGAGCCAGAGACACAGAUCCUGGGCACUGCUGGCCGGACAGCCCAUUCUGUUUUGUGAGCUUUGAGCCCAUGAGAGACCCUGUCUCAAAUAUAAGGUGUGGGCUGGUGAGACUGCUGAGUGAUCAAUCCAUUUGCCACACGAGCAGGUGGUGAGGACUGGAUUUAGUCUCGGAACUCAUCAAAGUCAGGCAAGUGUGACAGCUUGCUGUAAUCCCAGUACAGGAGAAGCAAAGACAGGACCCCCAGGGCAAAUUGGGUGACUGGACAAGCUGGAAUCCGCCAACUCUGGGUUCAGCUCAAGACCCCGACUUAGUAAGUAAAGUGGAUCAAGAAAGAUCUGUCAUCUUUGGGCUCUGAAGGCGCACGCGCUCACACACACACACUGAGGCAAGGACACAGCAAAGUAGAUGUGCCUGAAGGGCUGAUCUCCAAGGCUGUGCCCUGGACUUCACACCCAUGUGCGCACACUUGCAUCAUACAAAGGAAACUGGUUAUCUUGGCACAUGCUUGUAUCGCAGCUGGCAGGAAGUAGAAGCAGGAGAAGAAUCAGGACCUCAAGGCUAACCUGGGCUACAUGAGACUCUGGAUCAUUUCUAAACAGCAAGCAGACACCGUGUGCAUGAGAUCACUGGUGAAAGUGUGACAGGCUAACAGGAUUGGGUCCCAGUGUUCACUGCAGUCACCAUUCUGGGUAACUUGAAGGAAUGUUGCUCGUGUCAACAAGAAAAGGCUGGUGACAUGGCCCAGCAGGUGAUGGCGUGUGCUGCCAAGCCUGGUGACCCGAAUUUGAUCUGCAGAACCCAUGCGGUGGCAGGAAAGAGCCAACUCCUGCAAACUGUCCUCUGACCUCCACACGCACACCCACAGCACGCUCGCAAGUGUCCUCAGGCACACACACGGUCACAGAAAAUAAAAAUAAAGUAUGAUUCUU